GGGUUUGACCUCUCGGUUUACCACGGGAACGUGAGUCGAGCAUGUCAGUAUAAAUAUCACAGUCCUAUUAAAGCCUGCUUGAAAACUACUAAUCGGCUGUGACUGAGGACGAAAUCUUAUAUACAACACUAUAAUGGCAGCACAAGCCUUGGAUGUGGCGCCCUCAAUCCGGGUGAUGUUAUGGACACAUGCCAGGUCUAGAUCUACGGCAUUUGAGUUGGCAAUUGCAUCGGAACCAUCUAUUAAAGUUUUUCAUGAACAGUUCAUUGUAGCGUAUUUCUAUGGAUCAGAUCGAAAAUGUAGCGAGUUGUAUUUGAGAGCGCCACCUAUGUCUGGAAAUGCAUAUCAAGAAGUGAAAAAUAGGCUAGAGACAAAGUGGACCGGGAAAAGGGUCAUCUUUGCAAAAGAUGGAGCAUUUGGAUUAGGAAGUAAAGACAACUAUAAAUAUCUGCCAUACGGUUACACUCACACGUUUCUUAUUCGUGACCCGAUUGCAUCCAUCUUGUCUCUGUACAAGUGUAUUAUGAAGCGUCAUCCUGAAGAUGAAAAACUGGCCAUAAUCAAAAUGACCAUUGAAGUUGGCGAUUUUAAAUCACUAUACGAACUAUAUAAGUAUGUUACUGAAGAAAUGAAACAACCUGCAAUAAUCAUGGAAUCAGACGAUUUAAUGAUGUAUCCAAAGGAAACGAUGCAAAAAUAUUGCUUAGCAACUGGUAUUCCAUUUAGUGAGAACUUCUUACACUGGAAACCUGGCAAUGUUGAUCAUUUCCCCGAUUUCAUGAAGGAACCAACGUUUUUCAAUAUAUAUUAUAAGACAGUUGUUGAAAGCACUUGUUUCCAGCCACCAACACAAUCACCCUUAGAUUUGAGCGAGUUACCAGGAGAAAUAAAGAGAGAAAUUGAGAAUGUCACUAUGCCUUUGUACAGAGAAAUGGCCAGAAAUAAAUUAUAAAUUUGUACCCGUUAUUAAUUACCGCGACUAUUUUAUUCAUUGAUUAAUAACACAGAAAAUACCACUAAAAAAAUUUGUGAUA